CUCAACUUGGAACAGGCACACACAGUUCUGCUUCAGCUGAAAGUGUUUGAGCAAUGGAACUUAUGAGGAGACUUACAGAGGUUUUCUUCCUCUACCUUCAAGCUUCCAACUGGUACACAGGAGGCUUUGCUUCAAAAGACUGUACUGUUACUGUCAAUCAAGAACCUUUCAUUGAAGGUCACUUGACCAAAAAUGUGACCAUCAACUGCACUUUCACUCAUGCCUAUUGCCACAGCACACCUAAAGUGCUGUGGUUCAAGAUCAACACCAACCAAACGACAAAUCUGUGCUCGGGAGCCUGUUCAAGUAAGUCGUCUAAUGGGAGGUUUACUCUGUCCGACACAAGUUCUGGUGACAAUGCUGCCUUGAGAAUUCAGCAACUGACCCAAGCAGACAACGGCAUGUAUUACUGUGGUGUAGCCUUCCAGAAAUCCCCUUCCAUCAAGUCCAAACAAAUGGGAAAUGGUACAAUGCUGGUGCUCAAAGGACCUACUGACAUAGGAUCAGAUCUAUUGCUCCAAUCAACAUUGAUAAUGAUUCUCACCCUAUACACCAUCUGCAUCACCAUUCUCCUUGUCCAAACCAUCAGAUUGAUGCGGCAGGCUAAUUCCAAUCAUAACCACAGCAGAAAUGAUCCAAAUGAAGAACAGAAGAGCCGAGCUUUCAAGGACCUUGCACUGGAAUUCAACAAAAAGUAUAGAAAUAAAAAGCAUGCGACAGAAGUAAAUGAAGAAAAGCAAGAGACACAACUUCAAGGUGCUCAGCACGAUGACAGUAUCUAUCAAAAUGCCUGAGGGUGCCAUCACCAACCAACUAAAAUGAAUGGAAUUCCCAAGACAGUGUUAAUAGACUUGCACGUGGACAAGAUAAAGGAGACUCUCAGUUAACAAGCUUAACCAGUGGGCAGCAAUGCAAGAGGGACCUGUGAUUUAAGAUUUCAAUCUGUGUUUAGUCCACAUUUUUCAUUCUUUGGAGCUGAUCGUGUCAUAUCCAGACAGCAUUGCUUCCCUUCAUUUCAAUCUUCUCUUUAAACUAAUUAAAUUCGACCUGUUCCUGAA